GGCGGUGGCGGGCAGGCUCCGGCCGCGGCCCCGCAGCUUCUCGUCGAGGCGACGCGGCCUCCGCUCCCUCCUUCCUUGCCUCGGUCGCUGCCCGGCCCCAGUGCGAUGUCGGGCGGCGCGGCGGGCGCCCCUAAGCCCCUCCCGUCCUCCGGGCCCAAGUCGCUGCGGGAGAUGCCGCAUCCCCUGGCCACGUCCAGCAGCGAGGAGAUGGGGCCGGCGCUCACCCCCAGCCCCGACCUGCUCCUGCCCCGCAGCAUCGCCGACAAGGAUCUCAGCCUGCCCAAUGGCACACCCGUGGACACUUCUAGCCCGGCCUCCUCCUCAUCUCUCCUCAACAGACUGCAGUUGGAUGAUGACUUGGAUGUGGAAACUAGAGACCUCUUUGUUACUGUUGAUGAUCCCAAAAAACAUGUGUGCACAAUGGAGACAUAUAUUACAUACAGGGUUACAACAAAGACCACACGGGCAGAGUUUGAUUUGCCAGAGUAUUCUGUCCGUCGGAGGUACCAAGACUUCGACUGGUUGAGAAACAAGCUGGAAGAGUCUCAGCCAACGCAUCUUAUUCCCCCUCUUCCUGAAAAAUUUGUGGUGAAGGGUGUUGUUGAUCGCUUUUCGGAAGAGUUUGUGGAGACAAGGAGGAAAGCAUUAGACAAGUUCUUGAAGAGAAUAACUGAUCACCCAGUGCUGUCUUUUAAUGAGCACUUCAACAUCUUUCUCACAGCUAAGGAUCUUAAUGCCUACAAAAAGCAAGGAAUGGCUUUGCUGUCAAAGAUGGGGGAAUCUGUCAAAUACGUUACAGGAGGCUACAAAUUAAGAAGUCGGCCACUGGAGUUUGCAGCCAUUGGGGAUUAUCUGGACACAUUCUCUCUAAAGCUUGGUACCAUUGAUAGAAUAGCACAACGGAUUAUCAAGGAACAGUUGGAAUACUUGGUGGAACUACGAGAAUAUGGACCUGUUUAUUCAACCUGGGGAGGGCUGGAGGUUGAGCUGUCAGAGCCACUGGAAGGAGUGUCUGCCUGUAUUGGGAAUUGCUGCACAGCUCUUGAAGAACUCAGUGAGGACAUGACAGAAGACUUCCUGCCUGUGCUUAGGGAAUAUAUUUUGUAUGCUGAGUCCAUGAAGAAUGUUUUGAAGAAGAGGGACCAAGUUCAAGCGGAAUAUGAAGCAAAACUGGAAGCAGUAGUCUUGAAAAGGGAAGACCGUCCAAAGGUACCCGCAGAUGUUGAGAAAUGUCAAGACCGAGUAGAAUGUUUCAAUGCUGACCUGAAAGCAGAUAUGGAGAGAUGGCAGAACAACAAAAGACAAGACUUUAGGCAGCUACUCAUGGGGAUGGCAGAUAAAAACAUCCAGUACUACGAGAAGUGCCUUACGGCGUGGGAGUCAAUUAUACCACUAUUGCAAGACAAGCCAGAGACCAAAUAAGAAGUACCUUCAUGGACAGUCUAGCACUUCUGUGCUCAAUACCACUAGUCAUACUGGAACUGUAUGGAGGACAGUUUUUGUUAAGUUAACUGAAAUGACAGCUGCACUUAGUUUUUCAGAGUAUUUGUUCCAGCCUAUUUGAAUUUUUUUUUCUCAAUUUUUGUGUUUAAACUGGGGUAUGUUUCAUCUUUUUGCGUUAUCUUGAAUGGUUCCUUCUUUAUUCUCUGGAGUGAUUGGGGUUCACAGAGAAAGUGCAUGGGGAUCUUGCUAAAAUUUACCUCUCUAGUCUGGAGGAACUGAUGAGUGGAACACUAAAAAGAUGAAAAUAAAACUCUCAAGGUGCCAAAUGACAUCUUUAUUACCAUUCUGUUUUGUUUGCUUGAAAAAAAAUAUUUCUAUGAUACAGUACUCCUUAAUCAAUCCUUAUGUUUUUUGAGUUUUUGUUUUUGGUUUGUUUUUUUUUUUUUUAAUGGACAAGGAAAGGCUGGGAAAGAAUAUUUUCUGUUUUGCUACCACCCAUGUGCUCCAUCUGGAUGAAAUGAUCUCUGUAGACUUUUCUGUCCAGGAGUCAGGCUGGUUCUAGACAGACCAUACCAACACCAGCUUCAGAGAGCUGGUGAUGGAAGCAUGAACUGUGGUUUUUGUGAGUGUGGCAUGCUGUUGGUUCAUACUGAGUAUCUUUGUUUACCUUGGUGAUUAUGAAGUAAUGUCAGUUGACUGAAGUGUACUUGUGACUGACUUGGGGAUGAAAACCAGCCUUUCAGGGGCUGUGGGAAUGGGGGAGGAAGUAUGGGUCUUUAAUACACCGUGCUUUAUAUAUGGGUUUUACUGGAGCCAUUUUAGGCUUGGUCACCUAAGAUGCCUGCUGUAGUAAAAGUAGAACUCUUUUCUUUCCCCAUGCUUUCUUUGCUGUAGUAAAAGUAGAACUCUUUUCUUUCCCCACGCUUUCUUUGCAGCAGCCAAAAGACAAAAGGUGUCAAAUGCUUCCUUCCACCAAGCAUCAGAGUGUGUGAAACUUGCCUUAAAUGGGUUGGUGGGGGAUAGGUGGGUACCCUAUUACGUUCAUACCUGUCUCUGCUGAACCACAUGGCAAGUCUUUUAGGACUACUUUUGUUACAGAUCUCUUUUCUUAGUAGUUUCUGUUGGCCUUUAGAAUUGCAGCUGCUUCUGCAAGUCCCCUUUUUGUCCUUGCUCUUGCAGUCCAACCUCCAAGUAAAUGCCUGCUUAGGAAUGUUAAUGGCCUUAGGAAUGCUGACAUGAUUUAACCAUCCUAGUGAGGGGGGUUGGGACUCACAUGAGUGUAAUACUGGGAUUUAGGGCAAUAAAUAACUCUGUGCUUACUGCUAAAUUGGAGUGAUUACUUGUUCUCUGGCAACGUUCUUACAAAGAAUGUGAGCAGUGAUUGAUUUUGUGCAACUUCUCUGUUCUCCUGUAACAACCCACCAGGUACUAGUCUGAUUUGGAAUUUAAUUCCUUCAUAAACACCAACUGAACUUGCAGCCACCCUUCUCAGCCUGGUGGCCUUAUGGAACUCUCAAAAUAGUUGUUGCAGCACUGUGGUAGCUAUCAGGCUAAUGAGAUGGUGCUCUCUGCAUAAAAAAGUAAAAUAUAAGACUUUUUAAGAAAUUUUUCUUUUUGGCUCAGCCUUCAUUGACAACUCUGUGUACUAAGCAGUGUUUCUUGUUUUAAGAUCAGUUUGUCAAUAUGCACUUUCUGGUGUAAAUGAGCUCUGGUUUAAGUUACUGUUAUGUUCAGAAUCACAGACUCCUCUUGUUCAGGGGAAGUACUUAAGGGGAUCAUCUUGAAGCAAUCUAGAAUAAGCACUUGCAUACUAUCCAACAGCCUGUCCUUCAGCAUUACGUCUUCCCCAUUUUCCACAAAGAAAGAUCAACAUGCUUUUUGAAUUAGUUCAAAAAGAAUGUGGAAUAAAUGGAAUUUUGUAGUUGACUCUACAACAUCACUGGGACUCAAGCAAAAUAUAUUUUAAACUAAUAUUUAGUCAGUCCUCCCACCAUGUUAUUAAAAUAAACAUCGCAAGAUGAGUAGAAAGAAUAGUGAUUUCUUUCCUACAGGUGGUUUCAUCUGAUGCCUUACAACACUAAGGGACUCUUACUGCUUUGCUUUAUGUCAAACUGAAGUGAGUGUUGCUUCUGGGGAGUUCAGCAAUUAACAUCACAGCUGUUCAGUGGAAGCAUAAUGGACAGUGGAGAGUACCAAAUGAAGUUCAAAUUGCCAUGUAGUUGAUGAGGCUGGAGCUACUGAAGAUCAAGCAGUCUUACGUGAUCUGGACCAAAACCUCAAAGCUCUUACAAGGGAAGUAAAACUUGACAUACAAAGGAGAACUCCUCUGCAAGAAUUGCUGCAGUGUAAUACGGGUGUGCAUAGGUGGGUCUUGGUUCCUACAGACUGUGGAGUGGUCUGUUCUAACGAAGAGCUGUUGUAAAUCACAAGGUUACUGAGGGAGAGGCUGUGAGAGAGGUGUAUGGAGUAUCCUGACUGUGAUGUUUGGGGCAGCCAUGCCAGUGAGGAAAAGUACAAAAGUUGCAGGAAAUUCCUGUACAUGUGCAGAGUGACACUUGUAUCACAUAACUGCUGCUGGAAGGAGGUUGAGUCCUGAACUGACAGUGGAACUCUUAACAUGUUAUCCUGUAGUCCUUAUAGAAUGAAAGUCUUUACUUUGGGUGGUCUACACUUUCCUGAGAGAAACAGAUCAUGUUGGUAAAAGGAAGCAGAAAUAAUGCAGGAGCUUCAUCUUUGAGUAACUUGUUGAGUGUUAAGUCACUAAAGAUGACUCUCUGCAUGUGCAUCAAAAUGACCAAAAGUAGCUGGUGCCCUUUUUAUGAGCCUGUUUAAAAUGUGGUUCCUUCAGCAGUCCUUAAAUCAGCCCAGUUUUCCUCAUAAUCCAUAGCCAGGGCAAGGCCUUCACAGUGGAUGCGUAAUUCACUGCUGCCCAGUUACUUCUAUAUAGUUUCUGUGAUGUUUGUUUCUUCUGUUAAGUGGCACCAGCAUAAUAAAGCAGGCACUGAGCUCUUGUUUCUGUGCUCAGUAAUGAACCAUGCAUUGUUCAUGUAUCCCUUUAUCAGGAUCUAAAUCUUGCAAUAAACAUAGAUGUUAAAACAUCAUGGCUUUUUCAGGUAUACAUUGAAAAAUGAAAAGGUAAUAUGUGUAGCCCUAAAGACACAAACAGUUUUGGUGUGAGUUAUAGUAAAGAAUAAAGUAUGAUUCUUCACUGAAAUCUACUUGGAUUUUUGCUGCACUAAAACUUAUGCUGAGGAUAGAGUAGUGGAAUAACUGAUAGAAACAAAGCAGGAGUGGCAGAGACAGUUCUCAGGAGGCACUGUGCAGUAGCCUUGAAGCAAUGGCUCUGCAUAGCCUGUUCAUGACACAUUUCUUCAGGUGUCAGUCCUGCAGAUGCAAGGGUACAAAAGAAUUCUUUCCCAGUUAGCAGGGACUGUUCAGUAGUUUAACAGGAGCCAUGCUUUGUUUAAACUUGCACAGUUUAGCUGGAUAUCAUUAUGAUUAUUGUUGCAGACUGUUGAAAAUCCUUGUCCUGAUUAUAACUGGACAAAAUUGUAUAGACUAAAUUAACUCAUUAGAUGUUCUGUCAUCUUAAAAGUUGAAGGUAGAACAUUCUUUCUUUGGGUAUAUUAACUUUUACUACAACAACACGUAGGGAAAAUCAGGACUUUUUUUAAAGACAGGCAAGCUGCUACUACUUGUUGGAAUUUUUAUUUUUCCCUCUUGUGAAGAAAAACUGGGGAUCACAGGAAUAAACUUGCCUUUUGGCAGACUGAAUGUGGCAUUUAAAACUUUUUGGGAGUGCUGUUGAACCAAUUUACAAAUGAAAAUGGCAGUGUUAUUUCUCUGCUUAGCACUUCAAAGUCUUGCUGAAGUAUCUGACUUGUAGAAGUACUUAGUAAUGAAUUGGACAAGUUUUAAGGUUACAUGCCUAAAGCACAGUAAAUUUGCAGAGAUCAAUGAGCUUUCCAAAGAGAUAUAAGUAGAUCACCUUAUGUAAAUGGCAUGCUAAGACAAGGCUAGUCACUGUCCUAGACUACUUUGAAGGUCUUGGAAUUCUAUGCUAUGAAGCUAAGCCAUUUCCUUAACCCUGGUGCUGGGAUAUGUAUCCAUGCCUUCAGAUCAGGCUGCAGCAUUGUGGCCAGUGCAACAUUCCCACUGCACAAGGAGACAGGUUGCUGAAAGCCAGUCUUACAAUAAGAGUCAAAGGGCUUUUGUCUAUAGUACAGAAAAAUAAAGAAGCACCAUCCUUGUUCACACUUCUUGUGCCUGUAUCCCUUUGACCCUCCCUAAGGUCUGGAGAGUUCUGCCAUGCAGGUGAAGGCAAGCUGGCUGUGAGCUUCACACACUGUGUAGAAGGUGUCAGUGAUAGGGAUCAAAUGGUGCUGGUUCCUUGUCCAGACUCCUCUGCUUUCACUCUGUAAACCCACUCACUAGAACUAGAGUCACUGUUCAUACCUUUAAAAUACAAAAUGAAAGCUGUGAAAUACUUGUCUCUGUGUGAAUUAGCUAGUAAACAAUGUAAAAAUUGGAAGGAGGCUUUUGUUUCCUGUACUUGGUCAAAUCUGGCAACUAUGCUCUUGUUCAGACUCACAGGCUAGGAAAUGUUGUCUUGCCUUCUGGUGCUGGCAUGUUUCUAUACCCUCUCAUAUAUCUCUUUAAAUAUACUUUGUGCAUUGUUUACUAUGGAGCUAGUAUUGAUGGAGAAAAAUGCUUUGAGGUAAAACUGUUUGUAAUUCUCUAUUACUGUGUACAUUUUUUUUUAAUGCACCAUUUGUUUACCUCAAUUAAUUUAAUGGAAUGGACCAAUAAAUGUGUUAAAAGAUGA